AAAGAAGAAGAAGAAGAAGAAGAAGAAGAAGAACCGGAAGAAAAUAGAACUGUCAUGGCCUCAUUGGGUUUAUGAAAUUCACUAUUAGCAAACAGUUAUUUGCAAAUAAGCGGUUUUUGGUUGCACUUAUUGACCAGGUGUAAGUUAGUGAGACAACAGCAGCACCACUAACACCACUAACUCUGCCACUGUGAGCUGACCGACUGGUAAUUGGAGGAACUGGCAGCGUUUCAAAAUGAGGACUGUUUUGAUGGUGGCAGAGAAACCAUCGCUGGCUCAGUCCAUUGCCAAAAUCCUCUCCAAAGGAAAUUGUACAAGUCGAAAGGGCCUCAAUGGAGCAUGCUCAGUGCACGAAUACACCGGCAGCUUCCAGGGCCAAAGUGUACGCUUCAAGAUGACAUCUGUUUGUGGCCACGUGAUGAGUUUGGAUUUCAUCGGGAAGUACAAUAACUGGGACAAGGUGGACCCUGCAGAACUCUUUAGCACAGCUCCCACUGAAAAGAAGGAGGCCAACCCCAAACUCAACAUGGUCAAGUUCCUUCAGGUUGAAGGCAGAGGCUGUGACUACGUGGUUUUAUGGCUGGACUGUGACAAAGAAGGCGAGAACAUCUGUUUUGAGGUACUGGACGCCAUCCAGCCAGUGAUGAACAAGGGGAAUUCCAGAGAACAGAGUGUUUACCGUGCCAAAUUCAGCUCCAUUACUGACACUGACAUCUGGAAUGCCAUGAACUGCCUUGGAGAACCCAACUGCAAUGAAGCCUUGUCGGUGGAUGCUCGACAGGAGCUGGACCUGCGCAUCGGCUGUGCUUUCACCCGGUUCCAGACCAAGUAUUUUCAGGGAAAAUACGGCAAUCUAGACUCGUCCUUGAUCUCAUUUGGACCAUGCCAGACCCCCACGCUAGGCUUCUGUGUGGAACGCCAUGACAAGAUCCAGUCGUUCAAACCAGAGACUUACUGGAUCCUCCAGGCAAAGGUGUUCAAACGAAAGGACAAUCUACUGACAUUGGACUGGAACAGGGUGAGGGUCUUCGACAGGGAUGUGGGUCAGAUGUUUGUAAACCUGGCCAAAACAUCCAGGGAGGCACAGGUGGAGUCGGUGAGUAAGAAAGAGAAAGCCAAGCAGAGGCCCCAGGCCUUGAACACAGUGGAGAUGUUGAGAGUGGCCAGUUCUUCCUUAGGCAUGGGUCCCCAGCAUACCAUGCAGAUUGCAGAGCGCCUGUAUACACAGGGCUACAUCAGCUACCCACGUACUGAGACAACCCACUACCCAGAAAACUUUGAUCUGAAAGGAACACUGGCACAGCAGACCAACAAUCCCUUUUGGGCAAAAGAGGUGAAAGCUCUGCUUUCAACUGGAUUGAACCGACCCCGGAAAGGAUCUGAUGCAGGAGACCAUCCACCCAUCACUCCAAUGCAUGCUGCAUUAGAGGGAGAACUGGGCAGCGAUGGCUGGCGGCUAUACGAGUACAUCACGCGGCAUUUCAUUGCAACUGUCAGUCAGGACUGCAAGUACCUGCAGACCACAAUCGACUUCAGCAUUGGCACAGAGCUCUUCUCAUGUAGCGGCAAAACCCUGAUCUCCCCAGGUUACACAGCAGUAAUGCCUUGGCAGGGCAUCCCUCUAGAAGAGGCCAUGCCAGAAUGUGAGCGUGGAGACACUUUCACAGUAGACGAGAUUAAGCUGGUGGAAAAGCAGACCAGUCCCCCAGACUACCUGACUGAAGCUGAACUCAUCACACUCAUGGAGAAACAUGGCGUUGGUACUGAUGCCAGCAUCCCUGUCCACAUCAACAAUAUCUGCCAGAGGAACUACGUUACAAUAGAGAAUGGGCGUAAGUUGAAGCCAACAAACCUGGGCAUUGUCCUGGUACAUGGCUACUACAAGAUAGAUGCUGAGUUGGUUUUACCUACCAUACGCAGCGCCGUAGAGAAGCAACUGAACCUUAUUGCGUUGGGUAAAGCCAACUUCCAACAGGUCCUACAGCAUACGCUGGAUAUCUUCAAGAGGAAGUUUCACUUCUUUGUGGAUUCCAUCACAGGCAUGGAUGAGUUGAUGGAGGUCUCCUUUUCCCCCAUUGCCGCCACUGGAAAGCCCCUGUCCCGCUGUGGCAAGUGCCACCGCUUCAUGAAGUACAUCCAGGCCAAGCCCAGCAGGCUCCACUGCUCCCACUGUGAUGAAACCUACAGUCUUCCACAGAAUGGAGUCAUCAAGCUGUACAAGGAGCUCCGCUGUCCUCUUGAUGAAUUUGAGCUUGUGCUGUGGACCUCUGGGGCUCGGGGCAAGAGCUAUCCUCUGUGUCCUUACUGCUAUAGCAACACGCCUUUCAGGGACAUGAAAAAAGGUAUGGGAUGCAAUGAAUGUACCCAUCCAUCCUGUCAGCACUCUCUCAACUCUUUGGGCAUUGGACAGUGCGUCGAGUGUGAUACUGGGGUUUUGGUGCUGGAUCCCACCUCUGGACCAAAAUGGAGGAUGGCCUGUAAUAAAUGCAAUGUGGUCGUACACUUCUUUGAACAUGCACACAGAGUGCAGGUUGCUCUGGAGAGCUGUGAUGCCUGUGAUGCCUCUCUGGUCGCAGUUGACUUCAACAAAACUCGCACUCCACUUCCUGACGGUGAGACCCAACACACAGGCUGUGUUUUUUGCGAUCCGGUUUUCCAGGAUCUGGUGGAGCUGAAACAUGCCACCAUGAGAUACCGCGGUGGGGGGGCUAGACGAGGACGAGGAAGAGGCCGGGGACGGCGUGGUAAUCCUAAAAAACCGAAGGAUAAAAUGGCUGCCUUGGCAGCAUACUUUGUAUAGUGUCUAUAUGUAGUGUCUAGUACUUGCUUGACAAAAUAUGAAGGUAUAUACUGUAUGUCAGUAAAUAAUUGCAGUAAAAUAAAUACAAUGAAGUAAAAUAUACAUUAAAAACGUUGUCUGUUAGCGUGUUUGUUGACCAUUAUACAAAAUGUUAAAAUUUUAUUUUCAUACGUCAUUAUGUCCUAAACUUCAAAAUACGUUUUUUAAUGAAAAGGCAGGUCUGAAUCUUAUUUGUAGUGAUACACUUAGCAUUUUUUAUUUAUUUCAGUAAAUUGAGCUGAGAUCUUAAAUAAUUUGUAUUGACUUUAAAACAUUAACAAAGACAAUCAUCCCUUACAUUCAUAAUAAAAACAAUGUUACACCACCAAUAUUUCCUCUUCUUGCCCCACCCGUACAUGUAAAAAAGUCAGAAGCACAGAAGCAAAUCUUGAUAUGAGGGAAAAGAUUAAAUUUAAUAGGAGACACAUUUAAUAGGAGCCACAUUCCCACAAACAGAACAGCCCAAUGCCACUAUCAGUAUAUUAAAAAAAUGAAUUAAAAAUAAAACUAAAUUAAUUCAAUAAAAAGGUAAGUACAUUCAAGUGUGGAGGAUUUAUCAAAGAAAUAUUAAAAAGGGGCUCUAGUUUGGGUUUUUUUUAAACGAGAGAAGUCAGUACAAAAUAUUGGUUGGUUAUAAAGUGUGUGCCAAGAGAUAUCAGUGCAUCAUCUGCAUUUUAAAUGGUCCUCUCUUUAUUUUAGCCAUCAACUAUUUAUAGGCAUGACUAAAGCCCCUUUCAGACUAUUGGCUGGCCAGAACUCUUACCCACUUUAUCACAAUACUCAUAAAAAGGAUUUCUAUUUCUAAACAACAAGUUAUCUACAUGUUAAUAUUUUCUGCAAUUUAUAUUAGUUUUGUUUCAAACUUGUUGUUCUUAUUGGCUGUGAAAGAAAUAAUCAGUCAUCUCUGAUUAGACUGAUGUCUCCAGCAUUUGAAAAAGAAACAUCUGCUGUUUUGUUAAUAUCUAGAAAUUAUGGGAUUUUGGCAAGAUUGUCAUUAAAAAAACAAAUUGCCACCUCAAUAAAAAAGUGAGUUGAAAUCCCAGUUUUCACAGAGAUUCUCCCAUUGGGUAAAUGUUGUCUUAUUUCCAAUGGUCAGUGAUCUGAUAGAACUAUGGCUUGGCAGGACUGAAUACAGGGGAUCAAUUUAUUAUCAGUAACAAAGUCAGUUCUGCUGUGUGUGAGUGCCAUGUAUCAGAAAUAGCAACUUCUGAAAAAAUGGUUUGUAUUUAAAUAGCUGACUUGGAUACUAAAUUGUGAGAUUUAACUGUUGACCUGUCUAUGUCAGGAUUUAAACAAUUACGAUCUCCCAGGAUGCAUUACCUGCUAACAGCAUGUUACGGCAUGGUAAGAUGAACUUGUGUAGCAUGAUCGAAUUGUUAUAGUUUAUGAGUACAUUACAUUACAUUCAUUUAGCAGAUGGGCUGGGGUGUAAGGUUUGACACGAGUAUGAUUUUUUGUGCAAAAAUGUAUUAAGUUGGCAUGCUAACUUUUAAAAUGUGAGCAGUAAGUUUCAUUAGUGUUUCCAUUUUCAGGACAAUGUUUUAUGCUUUCCUAUUUAUGCUUUUCAUUUGAUUAUAUCAAUUAAAGCUAUUCCAUAUUAGCCUUGGUUUUUAAUUUUCACUUUCUGUAUUAAAAUUGCAAUAAAAAUGUGUGUAAGCAUGAUUUCUUUCCCCCAGGGAAAUGGGUGAACAUGUCAAACAGAACACCCUUUCUCGCAAUCUUAAAGUGAUAAAAAAAAAAAUAAUAAUCCAGUGUAAUCCUUCU